CGGGGAGCUGUUGGUUCAUCUGUUCAACCACCGCGACCUUCCCCUUGCCCCCCUGCCAUAAUUAUCACAGACCUAGUCGCCUCAGCUGUAUUUGCGCAUUCAGAGGCUGACUUAACCAAAAUAACUACCGAACAACAAAGAUCAAGAGCUACAGUCUCAGUCACAGACAACCGCCAGGAUGCCUUCCCACCCGCGGGUAGAAGAAGUCGAGGACAGCGACCUUGAAAUGUCCGACCCCUCCGAGGGCGACAUUGACGACUUUGCCGAAUCCGACAUUCUCGUCCAGCGCGACGCUCCUCCCGCCUACGCCUCCAAAGUCAUGCCCGGGCCCUCCUUCACUCCUCUCUCCGCCGCCCACCGCGCGCAGGCCGAAAAGCAACACCAACAAUUCCAAGCUGCCCAGGCCGCCCAGGCUGCCGCCGCCGCUCAACAACGACAAGUCCCUCCCCCACAAUAUUCCCAACAACAACAACGACAGCCAGCCUACACCCAGCCCCCCGGCUACCCCCAGAUGCAAACCACCACCGACGACUCGGCCUACAAAUCCUUCCAGUGCCUGUACCCAUGCUACUUUGACGCCACGCGCUCGCGCGCCGAAGGCCGGCGCGUGUCCAAGGAGCUUGCUGUUCCCAACCCGCUAGCGACCGAAAUCGUCAACGCCUGCGCGCAGCUCCGCCUCUCCGUCGUUCUCGAGGCAGGCAAGCUGCACCCCAAGGACUGGGCCAACCCUGGUCGCGUCAAAGUGAACCUCAAGGAAUUCAUCCGUCUGCAUGGCGAGAAUGGGAAGCUGAAGAAUAAACACCACUUGUAUAUCCUCGUGGCGGAGCACUUGAAGAAACACCCGACGACGGACGAGAGUCCGGCGUUGAGGGUCGUGGUGAGGGGCGCGGGACCCCCGCCUAGAGAAAUGUUGGAGGAAGGCAAGAAGUGGCCGAGGCCGGCGGUGCCGAGGGGGUGGAAGAUGAGUGAGCUGUUGCCGUACUAUAGUCCGGCGAUGACGGGCGGUGGGGUCAGUGAGAAUUUCUUGAAGGAUAUGAUGAAGGAGAUGGGACCUGGUGGUAUGCCGGGCAUGCCGGGGAUGCCAGGAGGAGCGGGAGCAGGAGCGGGAGCAGGUGGGAUGCCGGAUAUGGCGAGCUUGUUGCAGGGGAUGGGAGGGAUGGGAGGAUUGGGUGGGUUGGCGAAUAUGUUGGGGGGGAUGGGUGGGAUGGGAGGUAGUGGUGCGACGAGUCCGGGGGCGAGUGGAAGUGAGGCGGCGGGGAAGAAGAAAGGGAAAGGAAAGAAAUAG